AUGACAUGUCCUGCAGGAAGUAUUGUGGUUUUUUCUAGUUUAACAUUACAUUGUUCAUCAGCGAAUCGUAGUAACGCUCUUCGUUCAGCCUACAACAUUCAAUACGCACCAGUACCACUAAUGAGUGAAGAUAAUCAAUCAUUCCGACAUAAAGCUGAUCCAUUUAUCGUUCAAUCGGAAACUAUUGACGAAACCAAUCAGUAA